GAUGAGGGGAUGCGGGGAUGCGGGGGCGUGGGCCCCACGCAAAAUUAGUAUGGGGGAAGUUGGAGAUCACUCUGAUCAUUUGCUUCUGGACAUCAAAAUCCAGACAUGUCGUUUAUUGAUCACCUGAUAUUGAGUUACCCGCGUGGCAGCAUCCCAAAGCAGCCGCAGCCCAGGAAGGAUUACAUAGUAUAUGGACCGGCAAUGCAAAUUGCUGAUGGGCAACUCCCGGGAAACGCAUUGCCCAGCACCCCCGCUUAAUAUGCAGCCGCUGUCUUCAAAUCUAGGCUUGCCCGGCCCGGCGGCUCCUCAGCCUCCGAGAAUGCCACCUUUCCAAAACCCGGGGCCUUAGUUCGCAACAAUGGGGAACAAUAUUUCCUUCAUCAUGGUUGGGAUUCCUCCUCCUUUAAACCUCCAGCGUGCCAAUGUCAUAACCCGGCGCGCGGGGAAUUGGAUUGCGUGCAUCGACCAUGGCCGAGACGUUGACUGGAAAACUCCCUCCGAGGAGGCUCACGAGAGAGGAGCUCGCGAAGACACACAGGUCCCACCUCAAGAAGCAGGACCUCUCCCCGCUAAAUGCUCCCCGUCCCGUCAAGCAGCCGGUGCUUUCAAGAAAGUAUGCCGCCUCGACGCGGUCGAUCAGAGACCUUGAAAUAAUACCUCUCACCAAGCUGAGCGUGGAGACCCACCACCGUGGGCAAGGCAUCAUCGUAAAGGUGAUCAGCCCGCCUUUCCUCGGAGCCGGCGCGAUCAGUCUCGUCCAAGAUGAGUUCGGUAACGCGGACAAGCUGGCCACAUACAACCACAGCGACUCGUCCAUCCUCUCAGGCGUUCCCGAGGGCUGUGUCGUCGCCGUCAAGGAGCCGUACUACAGGCAAAACGGGAAGGACGACGACUACAUGAUCUGUGUCGACCACCCGUCCGAUGUGAUCCUUCUCAGGUUCAACGACCCCAUCAUCCCGGAACCGUUGCGCAUGGGCCCUCUUCUGAAGUCCGCGGAUGAGUGGAGGAUGAUGGGGGACAAGGCCUUUAUCGAGCGUGAUUUUCCCACCGCAGUAUUUUGCUACACUGAGGCCCUAGACGCCAGCGAGGACCAAUCCUUCAAGGCCGGCGUGUUCGCAAAGCGCGCCGGCACGAACCUCGUCCUCGGCCGCUACGACGCGGCCAAGGCCGACGCGCUGGAGUCGCGGACCGAAGGCCGCUCGGACUGGAAGGCCCAGUACACGGCCGGCCGCGCCGCCUACGGGCUGUGCGAAUACAGCACCGCGCGGGCGCACUUCGAGGCCGCGCUGGAGCUCGACCCCUCGGCCGCGGGCCCCAAGCGGGAGCUGACGCGGUGCCUCGCGCGGGUGCACGAGGAGGCCACGGGCGACUACGACUUCGCCGCCAUGGCCGCGUCGCUGUCGCCGACGAACGUGCACGUCGACUGCGCGUCCUUCCUGUCCAACACGCGCGUCGCCGAAUCGACGCUGCACGGCAACGGCCUCUUCGCCACCCGCGACCUGCGCGCCGGCGACCUCGUCUUCACCGAGAAGGCCACCUUCAUGCCGAACCAGUACGAGCCCGCGCGCGCGUCGGCGGCCCUCUACGCCACGAUGGUGCACCAGCUGUACGACAACCCCAGCCUCGCGGCCUCGGUGCUGCCCCUGUACGACGGCGGGCAGGAGCGGUCGGGCGCCGAGGGCGCCGUCGUCGACGGCGUGCCCGUCGUCGACGUGUUCGUGCUCGAGGGCAUCCGGACCAAGAACUGCUUCUCCUCGCCGCUUUUGACCCUCGACGACACCAAACCCAGCACCCCGGCGGGCCGCAUGGCAAAGGGCCUGUGGGUCCACGCCAGCUACAUGAACCACAGCUGCGUGCCCAACACGAACCGCGCCUUCAUCGGCGACGUGCUCGUCAGCCGCGCCACGCGCCCCAUCGCCGCAGGCGAGGAGCUCUUCCAGUCCUACGUGCCCGUCAAGGCGCUCCCCGAGACGCGGCAGGCGCAGUACCGCGAGGCGUGGGGGUUCGAGUGCCGGUGCCCGCUGUGCGAGGGCGACCGCGCCAGCCCGGCGGCGACGUGGGCGAGGCGCAAGGACGUCCUGACGGGGAUCGAGAAGGUGCGCCACAAGAAGCGGCCCGCCCCCGGCGGCCCGGGCGGCAACGGCUUCAUCCCGGACACGGCCAUCCGCACCGUCGAGCGCCUGCUGAGGCAGCUCGAGGAUCUGCACGAGCCGGCCGUGUACGCGCGCCUGCCGCGCCUGACCCUCAUCUUCGCGUGCGACUACCUCGUCGAGGCCCACGCGGGAAGGAGGAACCACGCAAAGGUGGUGCGGUUCGGCAGGAAGCUGCUGCGGAACUUUGGCUUCCCCGUCCCGGACGAAGAGGAUGGCGCGGAGUGGGACCCCCGCGGCUUGUACACCGACGAGAAGAUGACGCCCCUCAUGACGAUACACGUCGUCAGAGCGCUGAGGACUCUGGAUGAGGCAUACCGGGCUCUGGGGCAGGCCGAGCUCGCGAGCCGCUGCGACGAGGCGGCUAGGUUUGGGUACAUGUUGAUCACGGGCUACGAAAGCGACGUGGCCAAGUUGGAUGAGUAGGGGGAGGUGAUUCAUGUUCAGGGUGUACUGGUUCCAAGUUUGGCUGGCGAAUUUUCAGUUUGCUCAUAUAAGUGCGUGCAUACGAUGUUCACUGCGUGGUUGUUAAUUGCCGGUUCCAAAUGUUGUAGUUCCCGCCCGGUGAUUGCCUCAGAAAUAUUGGCACCCGGUACUCAUAUCCUGACUGAUUUAGUCCUGCCGUAUCUGGGAGGAGAUGGGACUUGGACUUGAGUAUAUAAUUGUGCCUUACUCGCCGUUCUAAUACCUAGAUAGUACUCGUAACAUGGACCUCAUAUAAAUAGUAACAACAGAAUGGGCGCCGCUUGAC